AUGUUCUUCUUCCGGGUCAGCGAGGCCACGAUGGGCGACUUCGACUUUGGUCGAAUCCGAACGGAGUGGGCGACUAGCGUUGUUGUAGAUCCAGUACCGAACAACCCGGGGAUUGAUUACCUCGUCGAGCGACUCGGAAGGGAAAAGGUGAACUGGAGUACUUUUACUCCGGAACGGAUCCGUCGAGUUCUCAGCUCUCCUCCUGCUCCUCCUCCAGCUGAUCUUCCGGUUAGAUCGGCGCAAGAUUCUAGCUCCGCUUCUUCUGUUCCUCCUCUCUCACGCAGAUCGAAAAUGCCUCGUCGUCAGCCUCUCAGAUCCCGGACCGCAAAGGGUGCCAAGGCGCUUCCUCGGGUGGAAGUCGAGUUCGUGCCGGCGAGUUCGUAA